AUGUUAUUUCUGAUAUUUAACGUCUUUUUGUUACUAUUUUCCGGGAGAACAACCGAAGCGAAAUCCUCAAGUUGCGGUGAUUUUCUCUCGUGUCGUUCGGCGAUUCUUAAACAACAUUUGCAAUGUAUUGAAAGGAUUCGAAAAUCUACUGCUUCCACUUGUCGAAAUGAACAUAAUUUCAGACAAUUCCAAGUGCUUUCUCUUCGAAAAGAGGCUUUAUUCUCGAUUUGUGUCGGACGAGAGGAGUCAUGGAAGAAAGUCAGCUCACUGCCGACUUCAGUCAACGAAAAUGGGAAUUGCUCUUCGGCAGUCACCCUAAACCAAUCUUGUUCUUCAACGAUCGAGAAAGAGCUUCAAGUUUGCGAGAGAUUGUUGUCCUGUUGCUCUCAAGCAAACACCUGUUUCAAAGAGUCGUCUGCCUCGUGGUUGACACGAGAAUUGCGCAAAACGAGCGCCAAUUUGCUAAAUCAAGCCGAGAUUUGUGCUCACAAGAUGGGCAAACUCUUGAUCGAUCGAGCUUUUGCGAAAGAUGAUGUGAACCUUGCCCGUGCGGUGAUCGAAAAGACGACAAAAUUGAGAGAAUUGUUGGAUUCAAGAAAUGGGCAAAAUGAUUUCCAAUCAACUCUGGAGCCAACAAUUUCUACGUUUAGAACAACAAUCUCCAGUCUGAUCCUCGACAACGUUACUGUCAGCCCGAAAAAAGAACAAGAGAUUUUGCGGGAGAGAAAACAAAAGUUCGUCAUGCAAAUCCGCCGCAGUCCGCAGCGCUUUUUCUUCUCACCAAUGUUAGAAACAAUUGAGAAGUUACAGAAAGCUCCACUCAACUUGAUCUUCAACGAGAAAAACCUUGAAAAAUCUCUCGCAAUGCCCCCAUCGCCGAUUUGGCUCCAACCUCUCCCCUCAACUCUUCCAUCUUUCCCGAAUCUUUUCACCUCAACCCUACAACCUUUCCCAACCACUCGUUUACCGAGAAAACCGUUUAUAGAAAUGAUUCAUCAAAUCACAAGCUCAAAACUGACAACAACUGUUUCCUCAAAUCAAAAUAGACAUGACACUUUAACAAAUCCCAUGAAGACGAGUGAAGUAAAUCGAAAAUUGAACAGUCGUGAAGAGGUGAAACCAGUCGAACAGUUGAUAGAAAGCACAAAAGCACCGCCCAGAGCUCAUCUCAUGUCGAAAAGGAAACUCCUCAAAAAGGAACCAGUGAACGCCGAUCUGAAUGUGGCAAAGAUUAUUCUUCAACUUUUUGAUACGGCCAAAGAAACCCCAAUCGAGCGACGAAAUUCUUUCGAAUUCCCCAAAAAGCUCGCCGAUCCUCAAUCUCAUCAAACAAUGAAUUUGAUUGAAAACAGUGUCAACAUGAAGCUCAAGCCAAUCGUUUGGACAAGCGAAGAGAAAGAGAACCUCUCCUUGCCGAAGAGUGGAUUGGAAUUCGAAAAGCCACCAUGGCUUAGCGAGAGAUUCAACAGUUUCGAUUCACACAACGGUGGUUCAGUCCCGAAACUUGUCUGGCACAAAAAUACUGUCUCUAGAGCUGUCUCUACGUAUUUCAAGCCCUACUUCCAAAAGCUCAAAUCAUUGAACAUGUCGAUCGAGGAGGUGCCCGAGAUACGAGUCUAUCGAAAGAAAAUCCAAUCAACGCCCAUCGAACCAACGCUCAUCGAUGUCGAGGUGGCAAAACUGCAGAAACUCCCGAAAGAGACGCUGGAACCGUUCGGUGAUGGGAGCCAGGCAUUACCGCUGCCCGAUCUUGAUUCAAAACCAUUCGCCCCACGAAACAGCUUUGACGAGAAGAAUUUUGUCGACAGUGAUUACUUUGAGUCACCUCAUUAUCAGACAAGCAUCGAGUUUGAGAAUAUAUCACCGGAGAUCAACGAUCAAACGAAAGAGGAUUCUGAUGAACAGAGAUUGAUUGUGACAACAUCGACAACAACAUCGACAACAACGACAACCACUACUACAACUAGAACUAAAAGCACUCAUCUUCCUCCUCUAAUCACCGCUCUCUAUCAUCACCGAAAAUAUCUGCACAUCGAUGAAAGUUCAGAGCUGAAGCCAUCAACCAAAUCCACAAUUUCUCUCGUUGUCGACUCGAUUAAAAGCUUGAAGCACUUAUCCGCCGGAAAGACUCCAGAAGUGGAAAAAAAAGCUGAGCCAUUUUUGGUGGAAAAUGAGAUCAAAUUCGUACGAAAUGUCAAAAAUGGAGGCACAAAAAAGAUCGAGAAAGCUAAAAAAUUCUCGAAACAUUGGGGGAAAUCGAUCGUGAAAAAGGGAAGAAAGAGGACGAGGCGACGCGGGGGAAAGAAGGCAAAGAAGGCAAAGAAAUUCGAUCAGAAAAAAGAGGCGCUUGUUCUUGUGUCACCGAUUCAAUCACUACAAGUAGAGAAUAACCCCAUAAAAUUGCCGCUUUUCCGAACGAAAAUCCGUGUCUCUGCGCUGAAAAUCGAAAAGGAUCGAGAGAUUCAAAACGAAAAUCCAGACUCAAAAGAAGCUUUGAAGAGAACGAAAAUCGUUGAAAAAAAAGCGCAAACAAAGGAGAAAAUAGACUAUUCCCCAAUUGUGAACGGGUUGAUCGAAAGCGAGAAACGAAUGCGAAUACUCAUCGAUCCGAAAAGGUACCCAUCACUAUCCCCUUGCGAUCUCUAUUCGGUUUGCCUUGACGAAAUGCAUCUACAGGAAGACGAUUGUCUCCCCGAUUCGGGUCGACUUUUGCCCGGACUCCCGGGACGCCGAAUCGGCGAAUGCAACCAGAAAAUGAUACCUAAAUAUCAACAAUUGGAUCUAUCAAUUCGCGAGCUCGAGUCAAAUUUCAUCGAUUGUCUCCAAGGGGAAAUCGCGAGGCGAAAAGAGGCUCGGAUAUGGAAUGAUCGAUCAUCGACUUGUUCCUCGACUCUCCCAUCACUUCCUAAACUCGAUCCAACUUGCCCAAAGCGUUUGGGUCAAAUGAAACGUCUUUGCGAGAAAUUUGCCGAUUGUUGCCCAGAAGUUGGAAGUUGUCGCUCUAUGACUGACACCUCGGCGUUGGCCACCAAAAUUCGUCAAGACAAGCAAAAACUGAGCGAAGAAGCGGCUCAAUGUCAAAUCAAUGCCGCUCGCCACUAUCGAAAUAGACGAAAAAGACAGAAAAAUUUGAAAAAC